AUGUCUUCCACCACAAUCAGCCUCCUUGCAGACCCUACCGCCGAUAGAUACAGCAUCACACGAUCCCCUAUCGCCCUCGUAGGAUGGCCCGAGAGUGCAACUACCAGCGCAUUAACCACAUCAAGUGCUCCCAACACCGAUUACCCAGAGACAGCGGAACCUUGGGAGGAUAUUUGGGCGGUUCUGGCGGUUGUUGUCCUAGGAAUAGCUGUCUCGAUCAUCUUGUUCAUCGGUUAUCUCUUCAUCAGAGCCAAAGUGAGGGCUAUCAGAGAUCAGCGAGACCGACGUCUUCGAGCGGAGACGUAG